CCUUUCGUCUCGUUCGAAGAAAUCGUGAAACAAGGCACAUCCGAUAAGCGCACGCAUCACUACGGCGCUUUCUACAGCCUCUAUCUCGACCCGCUGCGCCUGCCGCGACAGUCCCAUGAUGCUAACAUCAACAAAAGAUUACGCGGGCGGAAGCGAGAGAAAUCGGCGUGGGAGGUUCCCGAGGUGAACAUGCUGGAGAUUGGGCUCAAGUACGGCGACUCGCUGAAGCUCUGGAAGAGGGCGUUCCCGAGGGGCAGGAUUUACGGGAUUGACAACGGUGUCAUAUCGAAGAAGCACCAGGCAGAGGCGCGGGACCCGCGGGUGCGGCUGAUGGUGGGCGACCAGGCGAAUGGGACCUUCCUGGAGCAAGUGGUGGCCGAGAUAAAGAGUGCGGUGGGUCUGCUUGACUUCAUAGUGGACGAUGGUGGUCACACCAUGGAUCAGCAACAGACAUCCCUCAAACACCUCAUGCCACUCGUCAAG